CUGCCGGACAUUCCAAAGGGCUAAAAUGUCGUCGCACGUCCGGUUCUUCCACCGACGGAACCAGAGCCGUGAGCAGCGGCUCCUGGCCAUCCAGCAGGCGGCCUCGGCGGCCAGCAGAGGCCAACACCUGUCGCGCGACAUGAAGGCCCUGCUCACCAACCUGUCGCCCGCCGAGCGAAGGCUGGUCGCCAUCAAGAACAACCUCCAGGUCACCCCGGGCCACGCGGUGCCCUUCCGGCGGGUGCGGUCGCAGUCCGUGAUGUUCCAGGCUGACCCCAGCCGCCGCAGCCCCGUGCGCGCUCGCUCGCUGUCGGUCAGCGACUUCGGCGAGCGGCCCCGGCUGCAAAGCUUCGGCGCUCCGGGGCGGCUCACGGCGCACGAGGAGGACGCCCGAUUCCGGAGGUACACGCGCCAGGUGUACGUCCUGUUCGCGGUGCUGGCCGCCGUCGUCGCGGCCGUCGCCUGCUACACCUUCCAGAGGAUCCGACACCGGAAGGACCAGCAGCUGCACGACGCGGCACAGCAGCUGGACUUAUGAGCGUCUCCCUACGGCAAGCGGACACGUCCCGACUAGCGGCACUUCUGGAAGCAGAUUCGAUCGAUCGGUAGGUAUCCCGGCUACUGCCAGGGAAGCUGGCUGUGCACUUGCGUGGAGCAUCAAAGCGAUGGUAGCCGAGCGCAGCCGGCGACGCCAGGACCCUUCGGAACUCGGCAGCUAGCGACGUGGCACACCUCAGCUGCUGACAAGAAAGCGGCACGCACUCAUGGUUCGUGAGGGAGACCAAACCGACCUUGGCCGGAGGACGCCUCUUUUAGAAAAUCAGCGCUAUUGAAUGGUGACUGACGACGACGCACAUUCUUGCCACCGCCAGGAAAACGGUAUACACAGCUCUCCACGUUCGCCCAAGACGUCGUGGCGGAUUGACCGGUAUGGUUGCCGGCUGCUAUUUACAAAGAUUUAAAAGCGAGAGCACAUUUGCCACUGCAUGGUUGGUGACUGCAUCGUGUUUCUGACUAGUUAUGUUUUCGAGCUAUAGCCGCUUUGCGCAUGUCUAGUGGAAACGCUUGGGAGCAGAUAUGUUGGCUGCACUCGAGAGACGGUUUAAUCAAUUUUCGCUUCAACGCGGCUUCGUCGGGGUGACGUCAUUGUUUGGUAUGACCGCUUUUUUCAGCAAUCUAUGUACAACAGGACAUCCUGGCGCUCUUACCCUUCCUUCUUAUAAUAUGCAAACCCUUAACAGCGCGUGUGCAUACACUGAACGUGCAACAGUAAUUCUCUCAUUCAUGUGACGCACUGUUUUACGAUGAUUUAAUGAAUGUCUUUCCAUAUGCCGCACGCUUCUCGUAAAAGAAUCACUUGGUACGAUAGUAUCCAGGGUGUCCAACAAUCAUGCACCAAGAUUUAAAAGUAUGAAAAUGCCACGUAGCUGGACAGAACCAAGGUAAUGUUGUUUGUCGUCCCUUGUCGAUACUCAGACUAUCUUUUGCAUUCCACCUAAUGACACAGUUCUAAUUAAUUGAUCAACUUCUCAAACAUAAUUAGAUGAAAACUGUCAAUGAGAAAAUUGCAGAACAUGAAAAACUACCGAUACAGCUUUCUGUUGCUGAAUACGUGCUACACAAGUGUCUUCCGGGCGUGGAAGAAGCCCGUGAAUAUACGGAAAAUGUCUCGAGCGGCCGGUCGCGCGACAAUUUUGCGUCUAUUGACGGGCUUCUUUCACGCUCGGAAGAACACUAUUAUGCAACACGUAUAGCACAACAUAAAGCUGUGUCGGGCGUUUUUAAUGUUGCUCUAAAAUUCUAUCAUUGAUAAUUUUCAUCUAAUAUUUGGUUAAUUCAUCAAUUAAGACUAAUUUAUAUAAUUACGUGGAAUGCAGGAAAAUAUUCUAUUUCCAACAGACGGCAAACAGCAUUACCCUGAUUCUGUCCAGCUACUUGGCAUUUGCAUACAUUUAAAUGUUCGUGCACGAUAGUUGGAUCACCCUGUCUGUUGGGCCGUGCCAACCAGUCUGUAAUGUGCAAGGCGCAACAUAAUUACGCUUGCUACUUGUCGUUCGGCGUCGUCGGCACCUGAUGCUAUGUCUUCUAUUUCCUCUAGCAAUACCUCUCAAUCGCUCACGCCUUCCCUCUUAACAAAACACGCACCGUAUUUGCACACUACCGUGCAUCACCACGCACGCUUGUGACAACCGUGACGCCGCCUGAGACUGUACCGUCUUGUGAUGUCCUCACCAUUGCUGCUGCUUAAUGUGACACUCGGAUAACGGUUGUACUUCGCGGGAUGCAAUCUGUCGGCUGUACUACCCCCUUUUCCACUCUGCACUUGUUUUCUUCACCAUGACGCAGAGUUAUUCUUUGCUUUGAUGAACUGUUAUCCUUGAUCAGCAAUGCUAGGCCACGCCGAGCUGGCAAAAAGCAGAAAUGUGCAUUCGAAUAUGCCUGAUCAACCUUUCGACCACAUUGUCAUCAAGCUGUCCGUGUUGCCUGCUAUUGUAUUUCAGCUUUCAUAUACAAGGUGUUUCAGCGAACACUUUAAAAAUCAUUAAAGGUUGCCUGUGGCAAAUAGCACAAUUCCAGUUCAUGAGGUGGUCCACUCGAAGCGGCGGAUACUACUUGCAAAAAAAAAACCAACACAAAAAAUAAAUUGAAAUUGAUAAUCAACCAAUUAACAAAAAAUCACUAAAUAACGUUUAAACUAAUCACCUUAUGACCCACGUUGAAAUUUACAAAUUCUAUCCGUGGAGUUCGCGGCGCUGAUUCACUUGGAACGAAUUCUCAGGCUGACACCAGUUUCUGAGAUAUUCCCGAACUUUGCGGAAAUGGAGUGUCGCUCCAGUUACUUUUGUGUUUGAAUGCAUCAAACGUUUCGUUAACAAAGUAACUGGAACGCCAAUGCAUUUUUCCGUAAAGUUCGGGAAUUCAUACUUCGAAACAGGUGUCAUCCUGAGAAUUCCAUCCAAGCGAAUCCGCCUUGCGAACUCCACGGCUAGUAAAUUGCAAUAUGGGCCAUACGGUAAUUAGUUAGAGUUUGUGUUUUUAAUGAGUCUAUUACGCAUUUUCAUUUUUUGUAUAUGCAUAGUUGUAACACCCGGCAUAUAUACUACAUCCCACCACAUCCACCACCAAUUUGAAUUCUCAACAGCACACUUUUCACUUCAGACGUCUAGUUUUCACCCUCAUUAGCGAAAAACAAAUGGUAGGCGACCCUAGCCUUUGACUUAGGUGUCUCUUAGUAGCGCUCGCGCCUCGGCGUUGUUCUUUUAGGUUAACUUUAGACAAACGCAACGGACGAACCGAACUCGGAGGCAACCGUUUCCCUUUAAUAAAGCGGUUAAAUAUCAUGGCACCUUGUGUGUGACGUCAUUGGUGACGCCAUUACUUCCGCUUUCUACAUCCGGGUUUCCAGGAAUUUCGCGAAAGCCGCGCUCACGUAGCGCGUCUCUAAAGUCUACGAUUCUGUGUUUUUAUGUGCAGUCAUGAGUGAUUUCUAAUUAUGCCAGACACUUUAGUAACUGAUGUUGUAAAUAAACUUAUUCUCUGAUA